UGACGUCUCCAAUACAUCCAUCACACACAACACAACAACACAGUGAACAUAAUCCUCCCAAAAAGACACAAAUUUAAAGAUGAACUGCUUGAGAGCUAUUACUCUCUCACUCUCUCUCUUUCUUGUGGGAAUGGUUGGACCGAUCCAAGCUCAAUUGCAGAUGAACUUCUAUGCCAAUACUUGUCCUAACGCUGAAAAGAUUGUUCAAGAUUUUGUUUCAAACCACAUUUCUAAUGCUCCUUCUCUUGCUGCUGCUCUCAUUAGGAUGCAUUUCCAUGACUGUUUUGUCCGAGGAUGUGACGGAUCAGUGCUUAUAAACUCGACGUCAGGAAACGCAGAGAGAGACGCAACUCCUAACCUAACGGUUCGAGGAUUUGGCUUCAUCGAGGCCAUCAAAGCUGUGCUUGAAGCUCAGUGCCCUGGAAUUGUCUCUUGCGCUGAUAUCAUCGCUCUAGCAUCUCGUGACGCUAUCGUUUUCACGGGAGGACCUAAUUGGAGUGUACCGACCGGACGAAGAGAUGGGAGGAUAUCAAAUUCAUCGGAGGCAUUAGCUAACAUUCCUCCUCCGACCAGUAAUUUCACCAAUCUUCAAACACUCUUUGCUAACCAAGGACUUGAUCUUAAGGACCUUGUCUUACUCUCCGGGGCUCACACUAUUGGUGUAUCUCACUGCUCGUCUUUCUCAAACCGUCUAUACAACUUUACGGGUCGUGGAGACCAAGAUCCAGCCUUAGACAGCGAAUAUGCAGCCAAUCUCAAGUCUAGGAAAUGUCUUAGCCUCAACGAUAACAAGACAAUCGUUGAGAUGGAUCCAGGGAGCCGCAAAACAUUUGAUCUAAGUUAUUACCAGCUCGUCCUCAAGCGUAGAGGUCUGUUUCAGUCAGACUCUGCUCUCACCACUAACCCCACGACACUCUCAAACAUAAACCGGAUCUUGACGGGUUCAGUGGAAAGUUUCUUCUCUGAGUUUGCGAAGUCGAUGGAGAAAAUGGGUCGGAUCAAUGUCAAGACGGGAUCAGCCGGAGUGGUUAGGAGGCAAUGUUCGGUUGCAAAUAGUUGAGGGGGUGAAAAUGUAAAAGAUUUGGGAGUUUGGGUGUAGUUGUAACUUGUGAGAAUAAUAAGGAUGAUGAUUGUGAUGUGACCUUUUGGGAUUUUUGUGUGUUUGGAUUUUUGUUAUAGACUUCGUCAAUAAAUAUAUUAGUGUUUUUACGUA